GCCAAAAACAGAUGAAUCAGGCAUUACUUCAAAACAUAACACAGUCAUGUCAGAAAUGAACAACAAUGAUGAAAUAAUAGAAUCUACUGAUACAAGCUUCGUACGCCUCUCCGAAUGUCAGAUUAGCGACAGCUUCCAUCACAGUACUCCUAAAGACCAUGAUAUAAUUUCCAAAAAGGAUAACGUUACUGAGGCUGAACCUACAGGAAUACUAAACAAUGAUGAUCUGCCUGAUGCUGGAAGAGAGACUAUUACCAUCAGGCGGAAUGACAGUCUUGACAGUGACAAAACCAACUACAAUGCUCUCUCCGGAGUGGCUUGCAUCAUGGGGUAUAAGACCAAGAAGGUUCUCUUUGUCGGGGUUCGCAACUCUUAUUGUUCUAUCUGUGCACGGGCUGAGUACAAACAAAUCCAACCAGCUGAACAUGUGUGCUAUAAGAAUUGGACCAAGUCAUCGACGGCAAUGGAGGCUGACAUAAGUGGAAGGGUUUAAAAAAAGUAUCGAGAUGUACAACUUGAAGUACGUGAAUGUAAUAGGUGAAGUGUCCAGCGUCUGCUAAAAACCUAACACCAGCAGAGGCAGUGCGUCAGAAAGUGAUAAAAUUUUGUUAUCUCAAUGACGAAGGAGAGCUGAGAUUGAAAACACACCAUUGCUACCAUUACCAAGUGCAAGGGCAGCUUCAUAUAACCGGGAAGAAAUACUGUUUGUUUGUAGUUUGGACACCUCAUGGUUUGUCAGUGGAGAAGAUCAUGAGAGACGAUGAGUUCUGGAGGAAGAAUAUGGAAAAUCCACUAACUGACUUCUAUUUCAAAUGCAUUCUGCCAGAACUUAUUGAUCCCAGAUACCCAAGAGGGCUACCCAUCAGAGAUAGGAUAUAAAUUCUAUUAGGGUCUAUAUCCGAGAUUUAAUUCAUCAAAUCAUCAAAAUCUAUAAUCCAUAAUCAACUCAAUCAUCAAAUCCUUAUUAAUAAAUAUAUUUUCAAAUAAUUUUAUAAUCCUACCGAGUUUUUAAAUAGUUGCCAUGUAAUCCAGGAUGUGGACUAGGGUCCUGUUGGAA